UCCGUAGGGAGAACAGAAUAUCUCUGCCUAUGUCUUUGCGUGUACGGAGCUUAGAUCGAAGAGGGAUGGCUGGUGGAGCAAUGCACUGGAUUCCAUCAUCGUCGUCGGGUGGAAACAUCAGCACCAACAGAUGCCCGCGAAAUCCGCUUAUCAGAUCUGCAGCUGUUAAUUGUAAGAGAAACGAACAUCCGAUGGUGUGGAAGAAGAAGAGCAAGCCACGGUUGAUUAAGAUAUCGCCGUCGGAUGGGAGAUGGCAUGAUAACUGGACGUGUGACUACACAUUUUCUCUCCAGGAGUUGCAGCUCCAUGACCUCCCUGAUGAUGCUCAUAAGGACACUGAUGUUUGCAUCACCCUCUGCAUCCACAAGCAUGCCGGAUUAGGGCUGUCUGUGGACGGGAAGAUCACAACAUGCUUCACUAGAAAAUGCUGCAAUUGCUGCACCCCCUUUCUAAGAGAGAUCAAUACUACAUUCCGAGUAUGGAUUCUUCCCUCAACAAGACAAGCUAGAUCAGACUCCUCUCAUCAUCUUCCUGAAAUCGGCGGCGAUGAUCCUUCGGUUAUUUAUGUAAGGCCAGGAUAUGAAGCCGAUCUUGAUUCGUUAAUACAAGACACAGUGCGCCUGGCCACCUCUGUUAGGGAAUAUUGCUCAGAAUCAUGUGAGAAAUCCAAACCUAAAUUGCUAUAUGUCGGCGCCAAAAAUAUUGCCUCCAUCGAUAGAAGGUGGUCGAAACUCUUGGAGUUAAAGAAGACUAGACAUGACUUCACAAGUGUUUAAUGCACUGUUGCAUUAGAAAUCAUAUAAAUAUACCGUAUAUAUUUUAUGUAAAUUUUACUAUUGAUUAUAUAGAUAUUUUUAAAUUUGUUUAUACUA